AUGGAAGAUUUUAACGAAGAAGACGACGUUGAUUUGAUAACGUAUUUCAAGGAAAUUAUUUAUUGUAAUGAGGACUUAAAUGAUAUACACAAUAACCUGGAACCUGUACCUUUAAAAGGUGAUUCUUUUAACACUUUUGAUAAAGCUGAACUUCAUGUACGUCGAUUUGCAGAAUAUAAGGGGUUUAAGAUACGACUUGGGCAGGUAAAAAUGAUAGACAUGGCUGAAAGCAAUAAGGUGGUUCGCAAACGAACUAUUCUUUGCAAGCAUUCUGGUUUAUUCAAACCUAAAAGUACUAGAAAGCAAAGCACUUCGGCUCGAACAUCGUGCUCAUGGUAUAUUAAUCUUUCAUACCCUUUAAAAGACAACCCCAAUUUCCUUGUAUUUGUUACCACUUUUAAUGAUAAACACAAUCAUGAUUUAUCUCCUAAAGCAAUACGUUUUGAAAAAAACAAAUGGUUUACAGAAGAGAUACGGAAAGAAGUAGAAUUCCUUGUUACUAAAUAUCAUCUUGGUGCAACUAUGGUUCGGCGUAUCUUAAAGGAGAAGUUUCCCUCCCAUCCUAUAUUUUUCAAGGACCACUAUACCGAAAUACAACGAUGUCGGCCGUCAAGUAGUGUAGUUAGAAGUGAUGCGUCACAGUUUUACAGGCAGUUGUUAUCAAAACAACAAGAAGAUUCCUGUUGCUUUGAAUACUAUUGGAACCAACUUUUGAACUUCCCUGAUACAAAACCAUACCUUGAACGCUAUCUUUAUGAACGUCGACAUUCAUGGGCACGUUCCUUCACUACGAUGAUACUUACACUUGAGAUUCAAUCUACGUCCUUCGUCGAAAGUCAAAAUGUAUGUAUUAAGCGAGUGUUGAAGAAUAGUAAUACAUCAUUAUGUGAUCUAGGUAAAGUAUUGAUGGAAAGAAGUAAAGAAGAACAAAAGCGAAAGCAAUUUGAAGAAUGGAGACAGAGUAUUCCUUCUACAGCAAGCGUUGUCACUGUUUUUCCCCCUAUAGAAUCUUUAGUAAAAUGUUAUUUGAGACCAAAUGUCUCACAUUUUUUAAUAGAGCAAAUGAAAGAAAGUUUGUAUUAUGCCGCCAGUCUUUCCACAAUCGAGGAAGUAGAAUCACUUACUGUUUAUGAAACUUCUCAAAGCAAAGACAUAAAUGUUGAGUUCGAUGCGGUUUACCUGUCUGCUAAGUAUCUUUUAGAUCAUUUAGAACGGAAUACAAUUGCGGAGACCUGGAACGUGUCGAGAGUCACAAGUCAUAGGAUUAAUCACUUCAUCUUUCUUCUUGCAGAUGGUUCAUAUGGUUGUACUUGUCUUUUGCAACAAAGAAAAGGUCUUGUUUGUCGUCAUUUUUAUUAUCUCUUGAAUGUUACGGAGAAGGCACGGUUUAGUUUAAUAUUGAUAGCGGCACGAUGGAUCCCAAGAGACAAACGACUAGAUGCAGCAAAAGAAUAUUCAUAUUCUGGUGAACGAUUUAAUGAAUUAGCUAAUGAUAUAAAUAUCGUUCAAGAAAGUAAUGAGUAUCGAUUUACGUGGUUACAACCAUUUAUUGGUAAUGAAACUGGGGACACUAUGAAUGAAGAGUUUGUUGAUGAAGUUCUUUUUUAUGGAAAAGUUUGGGGUCUCGCUCGUACUGCUGUAAAUAAGUAUAUGUUGCAUCGUGAUCAUGAAUUUAUUAGCUUAAUUGAAUCCUAUCUAGAAAAGAUUCGUGCUAGUGAAGAUGAAUUGGUUGAAGAAGUCACAACAGACCAAGACACUACUGAAAAUGUAGAAAGUAAUGUGAUAUCGAUUGUGAAUCCCCGAAAGGUAGUCACUAGAGGAAGGCCAAAGUUAGCAAGUCAUGAUAAAAAUGUCAUAACAACUACACAAGAGAAAGGUAGUAAGAAACGCGGGCAAUACACUUGUGGAUUCUGUAAGCAACCGGGCCAUAAUAUUGCAACUUGCCCAAAUAAAGAGAAAGA